AUGAGUGGUGCCUAUAAGCUUGUUCGGUUCAGGGGUACAAGUCAAUGGCGUUAUGAACCGUACCGGGAGGUGUUGGUUUUGACCGUUGGCUCUGGGGCUUGGAGAAGCAUUGGGAAUUUUUGGUACGAUUUGGACUACAUGCUAUAUGGGGUUUGUGUUAGUGGGUUUCUUCAUUGGAUUGAUUGGUCAAGGGCUCUGAUAUGUGCCUUUGAUCUUGAAAGAGAGGUUUUCCAAGAGUUGCCCCUACCCCCUAGUUGGGAUUUGGAAGGACGGAAUAAUAUAUCAAGAUUGGACUUUAGCGUCUUGCAGGGUUGCCUCUCUGUAACUGUAACUGUAGAUUCCCAGAGAAAAAUGAGUAUUUGGGUGAUGAAGGAGCAUGGGGUUAAGGAGUCUUGGAGCCUAGAGCUUACAAUUGGAGGCGUCAUAGUUCCACGUCCUUGCCAGCAGUUUUUUCGGAAUGGGCGAAUCUCGUUGAAGUUUGGGGAUGGGCCAGUCUUAUUGAAGUUUGGGGAUGGGCAAGUCUUGUUGUUUAAUGGUGGGAAAUUGCUGGCUCAUGCUUCUGGGAAGGGUCUUGUGGACGUUGAGUUUGAUGGGAUAUACUUGAUUUCUGCACAUGUCCAUAUUCCAAGCUUUGUUUCGCCUAAACAUAUUAUCGGGGGAUAG